AUGCCUGAACGAGCUGGACCGUGGGGCGGAGAGGGAAGGAGGAAGCAUGACAUCGCAGUGGCGCCAUGGCGUUUGGAGAGCGUCAGAGUUUCCAGUGGCCUUGUUGUGGAUGGGAUUGGGUUUUCUUAUCUGGACAAAUCUGGGAAGCAACACACCACACCACUAUGGGGUGGUGCUGGUGGGACUGUUCGCAUGGUCCAUCUUGCUCCUUCAGAGUUUGUAAAGGAAGUUUCUGGAACAUAUGGCCCGUUUUUCUCAUUUCCCAGUGUCAUAACAUCACUUCAGCUCAGAACCAACAUACGGAGCUAUGGCCCAUUUGGAGAACCAAAAGGAACAACAUUUCGCACUCGAGUAAAACAAAACGGUAGUAUCGUCGGCUUCUUCGGGCAUUCAACGGUCUACAUUGAUGCAAUCGGUGUUUACAUUCACCCUUAAUUUCGAAUAAUGGAUCUUCUAAUUCACGUUGUUCGUUCCUAGCAUCUAUCUAAAUGUUGUAAUGAUGAUCCACAUGUUGAACAGAAGGGGAAGCAUCAGAUAUGUCGAAGUGUUUUCUAUUAUAA